UGGAGCAGGGGGUUUUAGGUCUCUGGCUCCUCUCUUCCUAAAACCCUCGCCUGUCUUCCUCACCACCGUACGCCAAAAUUUCCCAGAAAUCCAAAAUCUGUGGUAUGAAAAAAACACCAUUUUCUCAUUAACAAUGAAACUUAAACCCUUUUCUCUUGAGACCAUUUUUUCCUUUUCCUCUUCCUCUUCUCCACCGAUAUAUUCACUCUCAACCUUCAUUUCCCAUUUCUCCACUUCCCAAAACCACCCUUUCCAUUCCUAUUAUCCAUCGCGGCGCCAGGAGGAGGAGUCAAGGCACGUUAAAGUUUCGGUUUGGUGGGAUUUUGAGAACUGCAAUUUGCCUGCAGGUGUCAAUGUAUUUAAGAUUGCUCAUAUGAUCACUGCCGCUGUCAGGGCUAAUGGAAUUAAGGGUCCUAUUCAGAUAACGGCUUUCGGAGACGUUUUUCAACUCUCUAGAACUAAUCAAGAGGCGCUUUCUUCCACUGGGGUUAAUCUUGCUCAUGUUCCACAUGGUGGAAAGAACAGUGCUGAUAGAUCGCUUCUGGUAGAUCUUAUGUAUUGGGUUUCUCAAAAUCCUCCUCCAGCACAUCUUUUUUUAAUUUCUGGUGACAGGGACUUUGCUAGUGUAUUGCAUAGAUUACGAAUGAACAACUACAAUGUACUGCUUGCUAGUCCCGAAUCUGCUCCUAGUGUUCUUUGCAGUGCUGCCAGUAUCAUGUGGAAUUGGAAUGCACUGCUUAAAGGAGAGAAUCUGACUGGAAAGCACUAUAACCAACCUCCUGAUGGUCCUUCUGGUACUUGGUAUGGCCAUUACAAGGUGCCUCUUGAAAACCCAUUUUUAGUUGUUGAACAACCAGCUUGUCCACGGACUGAAGAAUUGUCUGAGGGUUGUUCAGAUUCUAAGCCUCGGCCAAUUCCAAAGGUGGUCAUAAAGCAAAUUCGUCAGAUUCUAAACUCUUAUCCGAAGGGAAUUUCCAUUACAGACCUUCGUCUUGAGUUGGACAGAAGUAAUGUUGGCCUUGACAAAGACUUGUAUGGAUACAAAAAGUUCUCCCGCUUUCUUUUAUCAAUGCGACGCAUUUUGACGCUUAAGUCUGAAGGUGAUGGUCAGUUUCUUAUACGUGGUAUUACCCCAAAAGCUGGUGAACUAUCUGAGACUAGUCCAUGUUUAUCGGCAGAACCUGUCUGUAGAUAUGGAGACGACCUCACUGUUUCUUCUAGGUCAAGUGGUGAUGACAGUUCAGUUGGUGGUGAUCUAAAUGGAAAGUCCACAUUGCAUCAUUCCCCUGAAGUUAAUUCUGGAGUUACUCCAAGAAAGGUACAACAAAGCCCAACAGAAAAUGAUAAUCUUGUUAAAGUAAAUGCAGAAGAGCCUCCAGAGGAAGUCCAACAGCCCCUUCCAGUUGGUCAGAAGAUUGCUGAAGCAUCUAAUGAGCAGGUAACUGAGGGUCAUCAGGCUCCUAUGCUGGAACAAGAUUCUGCACCUGAAGUUGGUUUUGUUAGAAAAGUUUGGCGAAGAUGGUUUGGUGGUAGCAAUGGAAUUUCUGAAAUAAAUAGUCAUGACCUUCCAGAAAAAGAUGAUGAUUCUGAAGUUAGCUCUGAGAAAAGAAAUAACUAUACUCUGAAAAAAUGUGCUGGGUUUAGCUCUGAGAGGGAAGGAAUGAAGGAAGAAUGUGAUGCAAAGUCAUGUGAGGUUUCUCAUCCAGUGACCGUUUCUUCAUCAAGUAAUGAUUCAACUGUUGACAAUAAAGUAAGUGCUGAAACAGGCGAAAAUCACUCAGGAAAGAGGUCAGGUUUACUUAACAGGAUUGCCAAUUGGUGUAAAUUUUGGAGAAGUAGCAAAGACUCUAAGGCUUCAGGUGAUCAAUUGAUUGACAAGCUCAACCAAAUAAACAUUAAUUCUUUAAAGCAUGAGUUUUUCACUCAGGAUUCCUUCUGGAAAGACAUGGAAAUCUUAAUGGACUCACCUAGGGGAUCAGUUCUUGUCAACCUGUCUAGGACAAGGGAAGAGAUGGCAGAGAAUCUUCUUAAGGAAGGGCCUUUGGUUCUUAGAUCUCUCAGUAACAUCGAUCUUCUUCAAUUGGUGGAUUUGUUAAUAUCAGAUAAGAAAUGGAUCGAAGAAUGCCCCUCCCAAACAUCACCUUUCAGGAUCACAAGGGCUUUUGAGAAGAGUCCCUGUUUGGGUCAUUCUCAUGCUGCAAAUGGGUUGAGAUCUAUCUUUAUGCACACUCCAUCACAGGCAAACUUGCAGCCAAAGCAUGAAGGAGAGAAAAAGUUGCAGAAUAUACCUGAUUCUGGAGCUUCAUCUACCAUCAUCAAUAAGAAAUCUUCUGAUCGUUCUAGAUGUGAGAUAAUAUCUGACUGUCAAAAACUUGUAGAACAGAUAAUGAAGGAACACCCUGAAGGAUAUAAUAUGGGUCUCUUUAGGAAACUGUUCCUUGAGAGGUAUGAUUAUCCUCUUGAUAUACAAAGGCUUGGUUACAAAAAGUUGGCAUCCCUGCUAGAGAUAGUGCCUGGGAUAAAAAUAGAGUCCUGCUACAUAAUUCCUGAAAGUAUGGUUCCGGACAAUGCUGGCCUGGAAACUGAUGUUCCUAACAUUCAAGGAAAUACUAGUCAUGCAUUAGGGAACUCAGCUGGUGAAUUGCCAGAUGCAUCAACAAAGGAUGAUGAUUUUGACCCAACAUGGGAUGAACUAGGACCUGUUUUAAGCACAAGUUCAAACAAAGAACUGCAAUCAGUAUUAGGGAGCAAAAGAACAGAGGACACAAAGGUAGCAUAUUCUAACUAUGAACCUUCUGUGUCAGAUGAUGAAUUUUCAGAUUCUGAAGGGGAAAUCUCAACUUCGGAGCAAUCAGGACGGCAACAGAAGCCAGGAAUAAAUGAGGAAGACAGCUCGUUGUUGCAAAUCCUUGAUUCUUGGUACAGUAGUAAGGAAGAUGAGGAAAGAAAGGAAAAUUCAGAGAAUGCCGAGGGAAUGGUUGAUUGUUCUGAAUACCAUGGAAAGCCAUCUGGUGCUGCUGAAGUGGGCAUGAGGUCAGAAACUUCUUUGAAGGACUGUGGACAGAGGAGGAGGCUGCAAAAGAACUAUUCUUUUGUUGCAGAUCCAGUGGGGAAUGACAAGGAUAAGUUAAUUAAUGGAAUAUUAGGUAGUUUGAAAAAAUCAAGUGAGUCGAGGAUGCAGGUGUGAAUGGUCUCAUGGUAGGGAAAUGAUUCAUUUUGCAUUUUUUGCAUCCAUUUUGCUUAUAUUAGUUCAGGUACAACAUUCAAGCUAUGCUGGAGAAAAUGUUUGGGCCUUAAAAUUAGUUCAAGGUGCCAAAUGAUGGCUAAUAGUAUAAUACUUUAUUCAAUUAUUAUACUAGUAGUUAGCUUAUUUUAAUGAGCCAAGAGUAUUUUUGCUCAUUCUGGCCUGGGAUAGGUCUAGAUUAAGAUUUCCUUCUUCUCUACUAAAAGCAAUUUCUAUAGCAUGCUGUUAUGCAAUCAUUCCGCUUUCUCUUGUGGCAUGAUGUUUUUCUAGAGAUAUCAAAUAAACUUCAGGAAC